AUGCCAAAAGAACCCUCUGAAAGAACAGUCUUGUUGCCCCUGGAAAUGUCGAAUGCUGCUGACAGAAAUCCGGAACAGCUCAAAAGAAAAUCUAAUCGCCCGAUUUCGAAUGAACUGGGGCCAAAAAUAACACCUCAACGAUCAUCUAAGACAACCCAAAAACUGAAGCUAUUACCAGAAAAUGAUUACAACGAUAAAGAGAGUGGAAGAGGUGUAUAUUCACAAAUUACGCAAAUAAAAGACUCAACGGCCCGAAAAGAUGCAGAAAGAUUGGGUAAAAAACACCGUUCAAUGUUACCACGGGUUACUGCCUAUUGUACAGCAGGGUCUUAUAAGAUGAGAGAUUUAAUCAGGUGGUUGAAAGAUCGCAGAAAGAUUCAUAGCACCAUGCCUAAACUGUUUGAUGAAUGUAUAUACACACCAUUUGUUUAUCGAGACUGGCGAGGAAACGCUAAUAAGGUUAUAGACACCAAGGAACAGAAAGAAAAUAGCAACGACAAAUUCAUCAUGCUAGAUGACGAAGGCGGAAAAAUUGAUCUAGCUAGAAAGAAAAGUGAUUUAUUUAUAUUUGAGUAUGGAGUCGUCGUUAUGUGGGGCUUUACUAGAAGAGAGGAGAAGUGCUUCUUGUUGGAUCUUGCUAAGUUUGAGAAUGAAAAACUCUCCAAUGAGGACGUACAAGUAGAGGAGUUUAACUACUAUAUCACAAAAUCUUAUCAGCCCAGGAUCUAUAACGACUUCAUCACUUUGAGAGAUAAUGGGAAUUACGUAAUAAAGCUUUCCAUCUCAUAUGCCAUAUCUCAAUCGGUUAAGAUAUCACUUUUUGAGGAAUUAGUCAGUAACACCAUAGAAGAUACUCAAGAUAUUCCCCAACAGAUAGCUGUUGAUGGUGAGGUUGCGAUGACUCGUGAAGAAAUCAUGAAAAGUAUUGGAGAGCUUUUUAUUCUAAGAAUCAACAUAAAUCUACAUGGAUCGGUACUCGAUUCGCCAGAACUUAUGUGGACUGAACCGCAACUUGAGCCCAUUUAUCAAGCCACAAGAGGGUAUUUAGAAAUUGAGCAGCGAGCUGCACUACUAAAUCAGCGGCUAGAGAUUAUUUCUGAUCUUCUGCAAAUGCUUAAGGAACAACUGGGUCACUCCAAAGAUGAGUACCUUGAAUCCAUCGUCAUCGCACUCAUUUGCGCAGAAGUGCUGGUGUCAAUUGUAAACAUUAUCGUUGAUAUGGUUGCAGGGUAUUGA